AGCAAAGCAGCAGGCAAGCAGCUCUCCAAGUCUUUUAGGGUAGUAGUCUCUAGUCUGGCUCUCUUCUAGCGCCAGUUGUGUGUGUUGUGUCAAUCAAUAACACAGUCAAGAGACGGCCGGAUUGAGGCACAGAAUAGACGGCUUUCAAACCGUUCAGACCUCUCUUGUGUUCGCUCUCCCUCCUCUUCUCUAUCCUCUCUUUUCACUCUCCUCUCUCUUUUUUUUUUUUUUUACCUCCUUUUCACUACCACCACCACCACCACCCCCAUACAAGAAGAAGAAGAAGAAGACACAAAACUCUUUGAUACAUUCUCUUUUCGGUGGUGGCGAAGAAGGAGUAAAUAGAAGAAAAGAGACCAAAUGGACAACAGUUAAGAGGCAACUUGAAUCGCGCGCGCGCAAAAAAAAAAAAUUUAAGUGAUUUACAUUCAAGUGCGUUGUGUUUGUGUUGAUUUAACUUAACAUCUUCCGCGGGGGAAAAAAAAAAAAUUAUAUUUAGUGUCCAGUGUGCUAUGACGUGGUAGUGCAAAUCGCAACGACACUUUUCAAGUUCUCUCCACAACAACAAAAUUGUGAAUUUCAAUCAGCGAUCGCCAAAACAAUUCGAAAAAUUAAAAAGUUGGAAACAGAGUUUGGCAAGGUUCUCGAUUGAAUCCAUACCGUCCAAAUCGAAAGAUCCAUAAGAAAAAAAGAACAAUGUUAACCAUGGAAUCGGAAAUGAAGGGACUUGGAGGUCAUCCGGGUCAUCUUCAUCAGCAACACGGACUCGGCUCGCCCUCGUCGGCCGGCCAGACUUCGCUCUCGUCGCAUCACUUAUCCGUCUCGUCCAGUCACGCUCUAUCGCCACCCAUGACGCCUCAACAUCUUCAGCAACAACAACAACAACAGCAGCAGCAGCAACAGCAACAACAACAGCAGCAGCAGCAGCAACAACAGUAUCAGCAACAGUACCAAAUGUCCACUCACGGGCUGCACUUGGGCCUGUCCGCCCAGCACGCAGCGGCCAUGGCGGCAGCGGCAGCGGCAGCCGCCGCGCACCACCAGCACGCGGCCAACGCGCUCAGCUCGUCAGGUUCGUCGGCUUCAUCGCAAUCGUUGCAUCACCAAGCGGGCCCAGGUUCAGGCCAAGGAUCGACCACCUCGUCGGCCGCUUCGGCCAAAAACAACAACCUGGACAGGGUCAAGCGACCGAUGAACGCCUUCAUGGUGUGGUCACGCGGGCAGCGGCGCAAAAUGGCGCAGGAAAACCCGAAAAUGCACAACUCGGAAAUCAGCAAACGGCUGGGAGCCGAAUGGAAACUCCUGUCCGAAGCGGAAAAAAGGCCGUUCAUCGACGAAGCCAAGCGGCUGAGGGCCGUGCACAUGAAAGAGCAUCCAGACUACAAGUACCGACCCAGACGCAAGACCAAGACUCUGCUCAAAAAAGACAAAUACCCCGGAAUGGGUGGAGGCGGGCCAGCUGCCGGCGGACAAGGAGGUCUCAUCCAGCAACAGUCGUCCGGCGGCGGAGGCGGACAGAGCGGACAUCAUCAAGAUCAUCAACACGGCGGGGGCAAUCACCAGCGCGGCGGAGGGCACAACAUGAACAACAAUUCCGUCGUGCUGGGCAGCCAACAGUCGGGACUGCAGCAGAGCCAACAGGGCGGAGGUGGAGGCCUACACUCGCACCACAGCAGUCAACGUGAAGCGGCCAUGUACCACCACCACCAUCAACAUCACAUGGCCACCAACGGCUACAUGCCAAACGGCUACAGCAUGAUGCACGACCCCAAUUACGGCCAGCACUACAUGGCGGCAGCGGCGGCCGGACUCUACGGUCCGCGAUACGACAUGAACCAGGCCGGCGGAGUGCCGGGCGGCGGAAGCGCAUCCCCCAUGUCCUCCUACAUGAACGGAGCGGCGGCAAAUUACGGAGCAAUGUACGCCGGAACGGGAGGCGCCGGAUCGCCCUACUCGAUGCAAUCAUCGCAAAUGGGAAGCAGUGGCGGACAGGCGGGCAUCGGAAGCGUCGGAUCGACCGGAUCAUCUCACAGCCCCAACAGCGUCAAAUCGGAAACGCCGACGCCCCAACAGCAACAGCAACAGCAAAUUUCUAUCAAGCGAGAAUACGUGCAACAACAGCAGCCGACGGCCGGCGGAGCAAACGCGGCGGAUCUACGUCACAUGAUUUCCAUGUACUUGCCGGGAGACGCAUCGUCGGGCAUCAUGGAUCCGACGUGCGGCGGAAGAUUGCAGCCCAUCCCCGGCCUACAGGGUCAUCCAGGGUACCACCAUUCGGGAUCACCUGAUCCCAUGUCCGCCGCUGCGGCAGCAGCCGCAGCCGCAGCAGCCGCCGCAGCCGCCGGAAUGACCAUGGCUCACAUGUAAACUCCAAUUCCAUUUUGUUUUUUUUGUUUUUUUAAAAGAAGAAAAAAAAAUCUCAAUCAACAAGAGACAAAACCAUCCAUCGUCAACAGAGAGCCUAUUAUAAUUAUACGAAAGAAAAUUAAGAGAGAGACAUGGAAACAUAUCCGCGCAACCAGUUCGAGCGUUUAAAUCGCCCGCCACCACCCCCCCAUUUUCUUUUCUUUCGAUUCAAUUUGUUUGUACGUUUCUUUUAUCUUUCUUUUGUUUCUCUCUUUCGCAAUCUCCGGGUCGAUUUUUUCUCACCUCACAAUUUUUAGACGUGAUGAUGAUGUUUAUUAAUCUAAUUGAAUUAUCGUUUUUGAUUUUGUAAUCGUAAUUCCUUUCUUUUUUGCCGAGUGGUUGGAAAGAGAGCGACAGAGAAAUUGAAACAAAACGAGUUUGUUUUUUUUUAAAGCCGAGACAUUCGUAUACAUAACGCAAAUUUCUGAUAUCAUGAUCCUGCAUAUUAAUUCAUUUUUAGUAUUGUCAAAGUUAAAAAAAAAAAAAGGGAAUUCAUUUUCACUGCAAGUACUUCUCUAUACAUUCUACUACGUGGCCAUGUAAUUUGUUUGAUUCCUUCUUCUCUUCUUUGACUAUUCCCAUUUCAAAACAAAAAAAAAAACUCGUUUCUUUUAUUUUCUAAAUCCCCCGAUUUCAUGUCCUGCCCUCCCCACGAUUCCCUUUCCCCAGUUUUUUUGAACGUUGUACAGAUUGUUUGCCCAUUUUGAUUAUUACAAUUAUUAUUAUCAUUAUUACAAACUCGACACAAAAAACAAACAAAUAUUCUAUCGAAUUGGCGUCACUCGCCGCAAAAUGAGACACACAAAAACAAAAGGGAAAAACGAUACAAAAAAAAAAAAAGAAUUGUAAAGAAAAUGAAUUCAAUCAUUCUAUAUCUCGAAAGAGCGUGAUUUACUAUUACCACUUAUACAUAAAACUUAAAACACACACCCGUAUAUCAAGACGAUCCACUUCUUAAACGAUUACUGAUACAUGAAAUAAUCAGCCAACGUUGCCAAUCUGUUCAUUUCUUUCGUGUCAUUUCCGUUCGUCUUGAAUUUUUCCAUCGCUGUCUCAAACAUUUCAAUCGCAAAAGAAAAAUUUAAAAAACGAAAAAAAAAAAAAUUUUGUUGCAUGUGAGUCCGUGUGUGUUUGAUCCGUUUGUAAAUCCAAUCUUAAAGAAAUUUCACGCUCCAUUAUGUAUCUGAUUAUCACGCCGCAAUUCGUGUCACGAAACCUCCCCCCCCCCACAAUCUCGUCUUCUAUUAAACGACCGCGACCUUUCCCACACCAACGGACACAUAGAAAAACACAUCCCGCAAAAAAAAAAAAACAAAUGAAAUUCUCUUAGUUUAAAAACACGAAAAUUGCAGAACAAUAAAAUGCGCGUUGUAUUUUGUACAUAUGUGAACCAGUGCACUUGUAUAACUUUUGUUCCCGUACUGUUACAUACACACUGCUAGUUUUUCUUGGAA